AUGGAUAGUUCCAGCAAGAUAGUUCCAGCGAGGAGGGCCUGGAGAGACGUAUGGAAAGAAGUUGCAGAUAUCAUUCGAAGAGCACAAGCACGAAGACUAAGGCAUCCGAUGCCUCUUCUCCUUUCUUUGGCUAGCGCGAACAUAACGGGCCGGACGAAUCGUGGAUACGCGCACUAUGUAGAUAGUACUGGAGAUCUGCUAGUUGGGCCGGCGGGGUUACACCAUCGGACCACGUCGGACGAUGAGGACCGUCAUUUGGAUCAUGCAUCCGAGGUGCGUUCUCCGGAUUCGAUUAUUGUUCUGGUCUGGUUGUCGGGAGUUGGCUCUCAGUUUGGGUGCGCGCUGCGAGAGCUUUGCCGCUCUCAGAAGGUUUUCGGUGACGGCUUGCACGAGCCACUGCGAGGGCUACAAUGGAAGCUACAUCAGCACACCCAGGAGACGGAUCGGGACCAGUCCAUGCUUCGCCCCCUCGAGUCGCUCAACGGCGGUGCUAUAUCCGUCGUGCGGGUUCCCGCGCACAGGAUCGAUGAGAACAAGACCAGAAAGGGUCGAAGAUUUACGUCGCUCGCCGCCUACCUCCGACUACAAGCGGCGGUCUAUUUGCCGAGGCUUGGGAAGAUACAGCCAAAGACGGGCCACAAGCGCCCCAAGCCUGCGAAGCCUUCGACCGGGGCCGGGCAGCUGUCGUGCGCUAUGACCGUGCGAUAUGUGGUGGCGCCUACGGUACACGCGGCGAAGGCAUUGCAGGCUGUCGAUGUUUGA